AUGGAAAACCAGCCAGAUAACAGAAUAAUCGACCUAACAGGUCUUGAUCUGUUUCUUGAACAUGUCCCUGACCCAGGUGGUCGAAAGCUCAUCCGAGAGCAGAUCUUCUUUGCGGCCCAGAUCGUGGAGAAGAAGGAAGACGAGGUAACUCGCCUCCAGGCUGAAGCCGAGGCUGUUUACGCUCAAGUUCAAGAGCAGCAACGCAAGCUUGAAGCUCAACAAAAGGCUCUUGCAGAUGAGCAAUCCAGACUCAAUGCAAUUGCUGAGAAGGCUUCCAACUUGCCUGAUCAAGUUGACGGACUUACCCGUCAGGUCAACCAGGUGUCAUCGAGUCUCACCAAAGACUCUAAGACCGUGGUAGAUGAGUUGGGUAAAGUCCAAACGUCUUUCCAGGACCAUUCAGAGAAAACGCUCCAAGUUCUCAAGGGCGAAAUCACUGAACUUCUGGACAAGUUCGAUGCAGUCCAAAGGUCUGCUCAGGACCGCUCAGCUGAAUCGCUCCAAACCAUCAAGGACGAUAUCUCUGAAAGGAUAACUGAGCAUUCCAGAACUGCUCUCUCUAGAGAGAAGAGCUUUAUGGAUGAGAUCGCCAAGUUAGUCAAUUUGGCAGUUUCAGAAAUAGAGCAGAAGCUGAAGACAGAGAUGGGCAAAGUCGCCACAUCUUUGGCUGAUGCGGCUUCAGAUCGGCAGAAGCUGAAUACAGAGAUAGCCAAGUUCGACAAAUCUUUGACAGAUUCAGUUGCAGAUCAGGCGCGGAUCCUCGAAACCUUGACUGGUCGUAGGGGUAUUCUUGCCCAACUUCAGCCUCUCGGCGCCAAGUUCGAGGCCAUGGAGAAGUCUGUUGGUUCUCUGCCCUCCAAGACCGACCUCUCCAAGGCUUUGGAUGAGUCAAGCAAGUACGCAGACCUACUUGAGAGAUACCGUAAGGUGACUCAGGAGAGGGAUGAGUCUCGAGUGGAAGGUCAGAGCCUCAGAGCAGAGAUGGACAACCUCAAGGAAAGGGCUGCCAUUGAUGUACGUGCGGCGAGUGACCGAGAGACACUCACCAAUGAGAAGUUGGAGUUGGAGCGUCAACGAGUACAGAGGAGGGACAAUACCAUCCAGGACCUCCAAGAUACUUGUGACGCUACCCACCAACAGCUUCAGGAAGCCCAAGGCCGCCUUGAAGGUUUUGCUGAUCUUCAACAACAGCUUCAAGAUGCCCGGGCUAGGCUUGAAGCAGCCGAGACUGCUGCGCAAGAGCUUCAACAAACUCGUGAUCAACUUCGCAGAUCGGAAGAAGCCCAAGGUAGGUAUUCUCGAGAUAAUGCCAGACAACGAGGGAUCAUUGAUCAAGAGAAGAAGCUCAACACAGACAGGUCACAGCAGAUCAAUGAGAUGCGUGACCAUCUUGCAGCAAGCCGAGAACAGGCUGAACAAGCCCGCGUCAAGGCUGAGGAAACGGCUACAGAACUUCGCACGAGGUUCGAACAGCAAGGCGCGCUUCAUCAAGAGUUGAAAGACGCCUGGGCGAAUGAGAAGGUCAUGCUUCAGGAGGAGAUGUCUCGACAACGUUCCCUUCUAGAAGAUCGUGACAAUACACUCGAGUUGUCGCGUUCCAAGAUUGAGUCACUGGAACGUGACAACUCUGAACGCACUUCAGCAGUACAUGACUCCAAUGUUCAAUUGGAGAAGGCUACUGUCGAGGUCAGAGCUCUUGAACAAAUGCUAUCUUCAGCUAAUUCUGUUCAAGACGCUCUGCGCAGCGAACUGACUGCGGUAAAGUCCAGCGAGGAUACUGCCAAGAAGUUAGCUGCCAAUUUUGAAGAGCAGUCGCAAGCUCAAAAGAGCGAUUGCAAUGCUCUUGAAGGUCGGCUUUCCGUCUUACGCCACGAGCUGGCUACGGCGAGGUCCGGCGAGGAAACUGCCAAGCAGUCAGUGAAAGGUCUUCAACAGGAGUUACAAUCUGUAAAUGAUCAGUUCACGGCUGCUCAAGGCCAGGUUUCUGACCUGAAUGACCAGUUGGCUACGGCAAGGUCCCGUGAGGACUCUGCCAGUACGUCAGUGGUUGAUCUUCAACAGCAAUUACACGCUGAAAGAGAUCGUGUCACUGCUGUUGAAGGUCAGCUUUCGGCUCACAACGCUCAACAGUGGGUUACCAUACCCGAAGGAGUAACUGGGGAUCUUGCCAAGAUGUAUCUUAGGCUCGCGGACGAGUUUCGUGAUAUCCCCAGUGCUCCCCAGAGGUGCGACAGGAUCAAUUUGUCGCAGCUUGCUGUUGAGAUUGCCCCGAUACUGGAUGAACUCGAUGCAAAAGAGAACCUCCUCCAAUUUUUGAAUGCCGGACAUCAAAACUGGCAUUGUUUUGGCCAGGUUCUCAAAGGUGACCCCCGUUGCGCAAUCAAUGGGGGUACCUGCUUAACCCACGAUACUGGAUGCAUCAAGGUGAGGGUACUACAGUUAGAUGAAAGAGUACUAGACUUUACCAAUUAA